CGCGAAGAAAAUAAUUUGUCUGUGGAGAAUUAAAAAAAAAAGAAAUCACGAAAAUUGUUAGUAUGAGAUCUGAGCCGUUGGUUGGUAUCAAUUAAUAUCGACCGUCAGAUGCUUUCUCCCUCUUUUAUGUGUGUGUGUGUGUUUAUAAGAGAGAAGUGAAAAAGUUAGGUUAAAGCUUCGCGGAGCGCGGCGAAGUAUCUGAUCACGAGGGUUGAAGAUGCCUCGCUAUGAUGAUCGUUACAGCAGCAAUGACCGAUACGGUGGUGCGCGUCUCUAUGUUGGCCACCUCUCCUCUCGAACAAGGGAACGAGAUCUUGAACACCUCUUCAGCAAAUACGGAAGAAUUCGAGAUUUGGACAUGAAGCGUGACUAUGCCUUCAUUGAGUUCAGUGAUCCUAGAGAUGCUGAUGAUGCGAGGUACAGGCUGGACGGAAGAGACUUUGAUGGAAGCCGUAUCACUGUGGAGUUUGCCAGAGGGACACCUCGUGGUUCCCGUGAAUUUUCUUCAUCGAGCAGAGGCCCUCCGCCAGGGAGUGGUCGUUGCUUCAACUGUGGUCUUGAAGGACACUGGGCUCGAGAUUGCUCUGCUGGUGACUGGAAGAACAAAUGUUAUCGAUGUGGUGAUAGGGGUCACAUCGAGAGGAACUGCAAGAACAGUCCUAAGAAGCUCAGGCGGGACGCAAGUUACUCAAGAUCGCCGGUUAGGUCUCGGUCUAGGUCUCCUCCUCGUCGCAGAAGAAGAAGCCCCAGCAGAAGCUAUAGCGGUGACCGUAGUUACAGUCGCUCCAGAUCACCGGUUAGGAAGGAAACGGAUCGUAGCCCUGAAGCUGCAAGGAGCAGAAGCCCUGAAGCUGCAAGGAGCAGAAGCCCUGAACUAAUGGUGGACAACUCUCCUCCAUCCAAAGAUAGGAAACGAAGUUUGACUCUUGAAGAAGGCAGCCCAAUGCGUGAGAAGAACAGCCCCAAGGAGAAAGAACUGAGCCCGAGAGGAAACGAUGAUGGAGGUAUUGGAACCAAUGAGCAAGACCGAAGCCCUAGUCCUAGAGAGGACCGUAGCCCUGUGGAGGAUGAUGAGCAGUGAAGAGUGGGGAAACAAAUGUUGGUGAUUGCUUAAGAGUGUCCUCAAAAGACUUUAAUGGUUUUAGACAACUGUAAUGGAUUCUGUUAUUUCUCCUGAAUGUUUGGUUGGAGCCUUGGAGGCUUGGCUUUGUAGUUCUGACUCUUUCAUUUUUCUGAAAUCUUAUCUGAUUCUCAGUUAUUAUGA